AAAAUUGUUUCCAAACUUCCAUCAUUCUUCUGCAAACUUCCCUUCCCCAUCCCUUUCAUUUGAUCCCGCAUUGAUUUCUGCUGUCUCCUUGCCUCCUCCAGUUAUACAUGUACCAGCUUUUUCGCAGCUUAGCUUAUAUCCACAGUUCUGCCAUUUGUCACAGAGACAUCAAGCCACAAAACCUUCUUCUCGACCCUUCGACCGGUGUCCUCAAGUUGUGCGAUUUUGGCAGGAAGUUUGCUAA